AUGCCACCAAGAAGAGAGAAUCCCGAAGUUGCACGACUUGUGUCAGAGCAACUAUUGGCCGCAUUACCCAACAUUGUCAGUCAAGUGGUGGCAGGGCUUAAUGCGAACCAAUCAUCAAACCCUGAGCCUAGACCACCCAGAGAAUGCACUUACAAGUCCUUCAGAUCCUGUAAUCCAAAAGAAUUCCAUGGGACUGAAGGGGCUGUAGGAUUACUGACAUGGAUAGAGAGUAUGGAAUCCGUCUUCCAUAUUAGCAAGUGCUAUGAAACAAAUAAAAAGGAAUAUGCAGAUUGUUUGUUGCAAGGAAGGGCACUCACCUGGUGGAAUGCAUUGGUACAGGCCAGAGGUCGAGAAGUGGCUAAUCAACUUCCAUGGGAGGAGUUUAAGAAACUCCUCAAGGCCGAAUACUGCCCCAGAAGCGAACUCCAUAAGCUAGAAAUGGAGUUAUGGAAUCACGAAAUGAAAGGGGAUGAUGUAGCUGCGUAUACGGCUCGAUUCCAUGAGUUGGAAAAUCUAGUGCCACACCUAGUGACACCAGAGGAAGUUUGCAUUGAGAGGUAUAUUUGGGGGUUGUCACCAGAAAUUAGGGGAAACAUCACCUCGACCAACCCGAAGACCCUUAAAGAAGCCAUCGAUAUUGCCACCAAACUCACGAAUAACACGGUUCGUUCAGGAGAAUUCGCCAAGGGGAAAAGAAAGGUGGAUGAGUAUGGAAAUCGAAGACCUGGGGGAAAACAUGACAAGAAUAGGAGAACGAUAGGAAAUUUCGGAGCACAGACUCAGACGGUGAAUCAAAGAGACAAGGCCAAGUGCAAUAGAUGCAAAUACCCGCACUGGGGAAACUGCAUCACUUGUCAAAGGUGCCAUCUCAGGGGUCAUACAACAAAGGAUUGCCGAAAACGAUUGUGCUUCGAUUGCGGAAGUCCAUAUCACAUGAGGAACGUUUACCCGAAAAGGAAACAAGGACCCAAUGCAGGCCAAGCCCGAACGAUUAGUCAAGGGAACCCAGAGAGUCAGACACGGGGCAGAGCGUUUGAAAUCAGGGCCAAAGAAGCUAGAGAUGAUCCCAAUGUGGUCUCAGGUACGUUCCUUUUGAAUAAUGAAUUCGUGUCAGUUCUAUUUGAUUCGGGAGCGGAUAGAAGUUUUGUAUCCCUGGAUUUUAAGCAAACGAUUAACCUAAAAUCCCAGAGGCUGAAAGAAGCUUAUGUUGUUGAGCUUGCCAAUGGCCAAGAAUUUAGGGCUAGAAAUAUAAUCAAGGAUUGUACACUAAGGUUAGCCAAUAAGGAUUUUAGCAUAGACCUUAUUCCUAUCGGGUUAGGAAGCUUCGACAUAGUUGUAGGCAUGGAUUGGCUAUCCAAAAAUCGAGCUGAAAUUGUCUGUAAAAAAAAGGUUAUCCGGAUUCCUCAAGAGGGAAAUGACCCAAUAGAGAUUCAAAGAGAUACGUCGGAUCGAAAAACUAAGAUAGUAUCUUGCACAAAAAUGCGGAGGUACUUGAGGAAGAAGUAUAUUGCAUUCUUGGCACAUGUUAUUGAUAGGAAGGGCAAGGAAGAAGAUAUCGGCGAGGUCCCUGUAGUUCGGGAGUUUCCCGAUGUAUUUCCCAAGGAUUUAUCAGGGUUACCCCUACAAAGACAAGUCGAAUUCGGUAUCGACUUGAUCCCUGGGGCUGCCCCAGUGGCAAAGGAACCAUAUCGUCUGGCACCUGCGGAGAUGCAGGAAAUGUCAAAACAACUCCAGGAGUUGUUAGACAUGGGAUUUAUAAAACCAAGUAAGGCGGAUCAUGAACAACACCUGAGGUUAAUAUUGGAGCUACUCCGGGGGCCAGAAAUUAUGUCUAAUCGAUCACGAAGAUCAGAAAAAAUUGCCCACUCUGCAUUUGAAGAAAGGGAAGAAUCUCCUGUUAAUCCGCCAACCUAUGCUUCAGGAAGUAGAGGUCGGGGAAGGAGUAGAGGUAGAGGUCGAGGAAGAAGUCAGGUUGGGAUUCGCCCUGACCAAGGGGAAUCUAUUUCUGGAACAGAGGCAACAACCUGA